AUGAGCGCUGGCUCCUGCGACCCAAUGUUUAUACCCGCCGUUAAGGCCAAUGAUUCUCAACAUAGUGCAGCUGUGGUGCUGCUACGCGCCCUACAUAAUGUAUAUUUGAAAAUUGAGCAGUGACAGUAUUUACCGUUAAGUAACAGAUAGUUGAUGGUAGCACAUGUUCAAUUUAUAACAUUCCUUACCCUCCGUUGUAGGUUUAUGUUUAGAAGGAAGGGAUGAUAUUAUAGCAGCCACUGAAGUAUAUUAUUUUUUUGUUCUCAUCUAUCGUUAACACACCUUGCAGUCGUAAGCAUUUAUUUCGUACGCGCCGUGUUAUAGUCGUUAAACCUGUUUCAUAACUCAGUACGCUUGUUUUAAAACUUUAAAAUGUCGUUUAAAGAUCAUGAUACACAUAGUCAGAGAAAAAAAAUUAUUUUUAGUGUUUAUAAUUUCAUUAAAAUGUGUUUAGAUUUUAAAAAAAGUGCACAAAAACUGCUGCUCAGGCUUGUAGUGUUUCACAUAUGACAGUGCGGCGUAUAUGUGUAGAAGCGAAAAAAUCUACAGACGAUAGUAACAAAGAAGUACAAUUUAAAUCACCUCGCAAAUUGUACAAACGUUCAUAGAAGUACUCGGAGCUGGACGAUUUCGAUGCUGAUGUGGUUCGACGGAUCAUACACGAGUUUAACGAAAGUAACGAAUAUCCAACUGCUUUUUCAAUAUUAAAUGAAAUUAAAAAAAUAUUAGCACAUUAUCAAGGAUGCGUCCUGUCGGUAAGAAAUUUGUUAAAAAACUAAAAAUUUACUUUUAAGAAGUGCAAUAAUGGCAGCAAAAUGUUUAUGGAGCGAAACGAUAUAGUCGCUUUACGAUGUACAUUUUUACGUACAAUGUGUUCACUCAGGCAGAAUAAAGAUACCCAACCUGUGCUUUACUUGGAUGAAACCUAAGUAAAACAAAAUCAUUCGAGGUCCCAUAUUUGGCAGAAUACCGAAGAAACGGAAAGAUUCAAAAUACCAACUGGCAAAGGAGGUCGCCUAAUAAUUACUCACGCUGGAUCGCGUUUCGGAUUUAUAGAAGGAUCAAAAUUAGUUUUUAAAUGUCAAGCUGGAUUUUUACUGACUACCAUUCGUCAAUGAAUUCAGAUGUAUUUAAAAAAUGGUUUAUAGAUAUGCUAAAACUAAUUCCCGAACCAUGUGUAAUGAAUAACACACUCUGUCAUUCUAUGUUAAAGAACAAUUAUCCAAGAUAUAACGCCCGAAAGUCUAAGGUGGAGGAAUGACUGAAAAAUCAAAAUAUUAAUUUUUCACCAUUGGAAACUCCAGCCGAACUUCGCGUACGUGUGAAAUUUUUUAAACCGUCACAUAAAAAGAAUGAAUUAGAUGACAUAGCAUGUUCAAUGGGCCAUGAAAUAGUAAGACUGUCACUGAUCCAUUGUGAAUAUAACCCCAUUGAACUUAUACGGGCUCAAGUAAAAGGCAAAGUGGCAAAAAAUAAUUCAGCGUCCAAAUGGUGGACGUCGAAAGACUCACUCAGAGACAUUGGAUUUGGUAUCAAAAUGUGA